AUGUCUAAUCCAAGAGACAGCAGGAGUAUUCCACACAGAAAGCAAUUCAAGAACCAACGCCGAGUCAAAUAUACAAUUCCACGAGGUCCAAUCAAUCGAUCGAUUUCUAAAUGGAUUACAGAUACAGUUGAAACAAUUGACGAAAAUGAUAGAGAAUGCAUCGAAAUUGAAGUGAAGUUCGGCAAGAUUCUUGAUAAAUCAACCCAAUCUCGUGUUAACCUCCCAAAGGAAUGUCUAUUGCGCAAAGCUGGAAAUAACAUUAACUUUCAAAUGGAAGUUCAACAAUCAGAUUGGCAGGAACUUCAUGAAUUGCUUGAGAACAAAACCAGAACAAACGAUAUUUCAAAUAAGGUAUUUUCGAGCACAACUGAAAAUGCAUACCAUAUAGGUCAAGGACAAAACGAACGGAGAGUAAGGAUCUCUACCGACAAUCUAUCAGACCCGCCGGUAUUUACGGCAGUGGAAAAGAAAAGGAUCUCUGAUCUAUUUAUUCAUACCCCCUUUAAUAGAUAUGAUUUCCGAAUUUCAAUAUCGUUGGAAAUUCCUGAAGUUGAGAUUGACUUGGAAAAGGUCACGAAGGAGCAAAAAUCGUUUUUUACAAGAUUCAAAAAGAGAACUAGUUGGAGGAAAGGCGAUACACUAUACGAAUUUACGAGAGCAUUGGAACCGAAAGAAGGCAAGACGAACAAGUGUGAGAAGUAUGAAAUUGAACUAGAGAUGAACCCGGCUGCUAUUCUAGAUGCCAUAUCUAAGAAAGAGAGCAUUGAUGAAGUGGUUGAUAAUUUCAUAUUCGAUGCAAGGCUGAUUAAUUAUGCAGAUGAUAACGUAAACACCCGAUGUGAAAACCAAACAAGUUCUGCUCGAUCCGAUCAUGUAAAAAAAGGUAAUUAUAGAUAA